AUGGUAGCAAUGCCUAGUUCUGAUCUAGAGGAAACACAGUUGGUGCAUGAACAGCUAACUUUGAUUAAAGAAAAGAUUCAACUAAACAGAAAAAAAAUGAUUGAGCUUUUAUCUAACGAAGAUUUAGAUACUGAUGAAGCUCAAGAGAUGAUUAAUAAACUUGACAAAUCUAAGACAUUUUUAGAGAAUUUAAGAGAAAAAUGUAACAAAGAUUUGAAAUAUUUACAAAGUCAACAACAACAAUUGGCAAAGAAAGAAAAAGUUAAUACUGAAUUGAAGGUUGGAGAUAACAAUGAAAACAAAUUAAACAACAAAACUGUCGAGAAUAAAGAUACAAUGGAUAAAAGUAAUUCCAUUGAUGAUUUAUCAGAUGUUGAAGAUGUUGUAAAUCUAAUGUCACUAAGAGAUGACAGAGGAGAUUAUUAUGAAUUUAUCACCAACAAUGGUGAAAGUCAUAAAUUUUAUUACGAAAAUAAAUCAGCAAAACUUGAUUUUGGAUUGAACGAAAUUAAAGACUUUCCUAAUUGGAUUUAUAUGGUCAAAAGAUUUCUAAAGAAAUGGAACUUUGAUAACAUCACUAAAUGUAAUUCAGAUGAUGAUAUUCCAUUAGUAGAACAUAAAAUUAUUACCCUGGUUAUCCAAGAAUCUUUAGGAAACGGCUUUAAUAGAUGGAAAAAUAAUUAUGUUAUUACUGCGUUUGAAAUUUUAAAAGAAUUAAAAGAAAUGUGUAUUGAUGAUUACCCGAGAGAAGUUAAAGACAAAAUGUGGAGAAGAAUUCAUAUUGAUAAAUUCUGCUCAGAUACAAAUGAGUUGAAAGAAGUCUUAAACAACAUAAUCUUAUUAGAAAAAUGUACUGCAAAUAAUGCGGAAAUACAGUCAACUACCAAUGAGUUCAUCAAUAAUAAGAUUAAAUCUACUCUGGAUAAUCAACUAGAUAUGAUGGUUGAUAUUAGAUUAGCUAGUAUAACUAUUGAUGAUAAAGGAAAUAUGCCACCAACAGGAUACAUUGAAAAUAUAGUUGAUACCAUAAAGAGUAUUAAAAGAAAAAAUGGCAUACGUUCAGGACAGUCAAGGCAAUGCAAUCAAUGCAAUUCAUUUUUGCAUUUUGCCAAAAACUGUCCAAAUACUCUUGGCAAUAUGAACAACAAUAGGAUGAAUGUGGAAAAAUACAAAAAUAAACUGCCUAUAAAAUAUCAAACUUAUCAUAAUAAAUAUACCAAAGAGAAUAAUAAUAAUAAUAUAGUAAGAUUGGUUAAUACAUCAGACAAAACUUCUGACUUUGUGGUUAUUGAUACUGCAUCAGGAAUUAGCAUGACACCUUUCAAAGAGCAACUAGUUGACUUUAUUCCCCUAACAAAAGAAAACCCUGGUCCAUCAUAUUAUGGAGUAGGAAAUGAUGAUCAAGAAAAACCAAUUUGUUUUGAAGGUUAUGGAUUUCUACCAAUUCGAGGUGAUAAUAAUAAAAUUAUCCAUAUGUUUACAUAUUUGGUUCCAUAUGAAGAUGCAAUAAUUUUAUCUGCAUUCAAACUAUGGGAAAUAGUUGGAUAUGGUUUUGAAUCUGGAAAAUAUGACUUUUCAACUGUCAAUAAUUAUAAAAUACCAACAAAAAUUAUGGAUCAUACAAUUUGGGUUCCUACUAAGCAAAUAAUUGCAGAAUAUACAAAUGAAAUUACAAAUAAAAAAGUAAGAAUAAUAAAAUCUUCUAAAAUAUCACUUUUAGAGGCUCACUUAAGACUAAAUCACCUACCUACUGUAGCAAUACAAGAGUCUAUCAAGAAUAAGAUUUUUGAGGAUGUAGAAGUAAUUCAGGAAAACAAGAAUAAUAAUCAUAUAUGGUGUGAAAUAUGUGUGGCUGGAAAAAUGACAAAGCAUUUUCACUACACGAAUUCAAUGAACAACUACACCAUGCUAAAAUCACCAGGAUCAUCCUGGAGUAUUGAUUUAUUUGGCCUAGUUAACAAAGUUUCCUCAGGUACUCCUAGAUACAUGAUGAUAAUGGUUGAUAAUGUUUCAAGAUAUGUUAUAUGCACAACUCAUCUUUACAAAACUGAUGAUGAAAUUGUAGACCAAAUUGAUAAAAAUAUAAGAUUUAUUGAAACACAAUUUGGAAGAAAAAUACAAGAAUUUAUUACAGACAGAGGUUCUGAGUUUACCAAUAAUAACUUGAAACAAUUACCUGAGAAAAAAGGAAUUCAAUUAAGAUUUACCUCAACUCAAGAUCACUCGGCUAAUGCUAGAGCAGAAAGAGCAAUUCGAACAAUUAUAACGGAUACUAGAACACUACUGUUACAAGCUAAAUUACCACUUAAAUUUUGGCACUAUGCAGUUAUGGCAUCUGCGGAAGUGAGAAACUGUACAUAUAAUAAGAAUACUAAAGAUGCACCAUUAAAUGUAAUAUCCGAAUUGCCUGUUAAGAUAAUAUUACGUAAUUUUUUACCUUUUGGAGCUCCAGCUACGAUAUGGAAUCAUAAAUCUAAGAAAACAUCUGCACCAAGCUUACAAGCAGUGGUUUUGUCAAAAGAUCCACAGAGUUUUGGAUAUUUCUUUUAUAUACCUAAGGAAAAUAGAGUAAUUACCACUACAAACUUUAAAAUCCCUGAUUAUUCAGUAAAUUCGCAACAGAAGAGUAAUCCAGAAGAAACCAUUAUUGCACGAUUUAAAGCUAAUGUUACAUCUAAAAUAGGUUCUACUAGAAAUUUUGGAUUUGAUGAAGAUGAGAUUAAUGAAGCAUUUCCUGAUAAAGAGUAUGAAAAUGAUACUGAAGGUAUAAAUAAUAUUACGGUAGAUGAUAAGAUAGUAUCACAACAGUUGUUAAAUGACCUUAAUGAAAAUGGUGAAGAAGAAAUAAUGGAUACCGAAAGUGAUUUUAGUCCUUCUAAUAUAGAUCCUGACCUUAUUGACAAUGUUAAUUUAGAUGAAAUUUUAGAACAACCUAACGUAAUUGAACUUAUGAACAAUGAGAAUACAACAAUUAACGAGGAAGACGAAAUUAAGAAUACAGACACUAAUAAUGAGAAUAUUGAUAAUGAUAUCAACAGUAAUAAUGAUAAUAAAGACAAAUAUUCAAUGUUAAUAAAUGAAAAUAAUUAUAAUAAUUGCAAUAAUUCAAAUGAUGAGAUGAAUAAUAUAUUACCAUCUAAUGAAGACUAUAACUCAAUCACUGAUGAACAAGAGAGUGUUGAUUUAACAGAAGUAGUUCCAUCAUCACUAAAUACAGACAUCAUAAUACAGAGUAAUAAUGAUACAACAGCCGAUGAUAAUAAUCAUGAUAUAAGCAAUGAUAUUUCACUUUAUUCAAACAUUCCAAUAACAUCAGAAGAUGAGAAUGAAAAUAUAACUGAAACACAUCCUAAUGACAUAAUUAAUGCUAAUAGAGAAUCAGAUAACGCAUCUAUUAUUGAAGAUAGUAUUGAUAAUUUCAAUGAGGACAGUAAAAGUAGAUCAGAAAUUGAACCAGAUAGUAGUACAAUAACAGUUAAUGAAAGAGCUAAUAUGUAUAAAAGAACCAGAGAAGAAGUUGAUGUACAGGAUAAGGAAACAGACAGUACAUCAAAUAAUAAUAUUAUAGAAACUAGCUCAUCCAGAUUAUCAUUCUCCAAGAAAAAUUUACAAUCUUUAGUUGGUCACAGAAAUAAUAGUACAAGCAGAAAACCUAAUCAUAGCAUACCAACUUAUCUACAAGAAAGGAAGUCUGAUCCUGUAACGCCACCUAUAAUACAUCCUACAUCGAAAAAACCUCGUUUACGAAAAGUACGUCGUAUUUUACCACGUACCAACCGGCAAAAUAAAAUAAGAUCGAUUUACUAUAAAGAAGCCAUAACAAAUAAUAAAAAUUUAAAACAAAGAGAGAGAUUUAUCAAGUCAUUCAAGAAGGAAGUUGAAAACUUGGUUAAGAUGGGGGUUUAUGACCCUGAUAUUCGCUUACCCAAAUCAGCUAUUCCCAAAAAUAAGAUAAUAUCUACAGUUAUAGUAUUCAUUGUUAAACAAGAUGGGACAUGUAAGGCAAGGUAUUGUGCUCGUGGUGAUUUACAGAAUCAAGAGUCUUACGGUAAUACUGACUCCGCUAUUUUAAGUCUUGAUAGUCUUAAAGUUCUAUUAUCUGUUGCUAAUAAUAAGCAAUUACACAUUCGAACUGCAGACAUCAGUCAUGCUUUCCUAUACGCUACUCUAGAUGAGGAGUUAUAUAUUAACCAUCCAUCAGAUAAGAGGGUGUAUACGCCACUAAAGAAAGCUCUUUAUGGCUUGAAGCAAAGUCCAAAAAAUUGGAAUGAAACAUUAAGAGAAUUUAUGAAUUCUUAUGAUUUUUAUGAUACGGAGUUUGCUCCAGUUUUGUUUGCAUCUUCGGAUGGCAAUAAACUUAUAGCAGCGUAUGUGGAUGAUUGUGUUUUAGCCGCAGAAACUGAAGAAGAUCUGGAUGAGAUAAUAGAAAUGUUUAAGAAUACAUUUGAAUUAAAAGUUAUUGGAAUAAUGAAUGAAGAAAAACAAUUAGAACCAGAUAUUUUAGGUAUAGACUUGAAAUAUGACUUGAAUAAAGGAAUCGUUACAUUGAGUAUGAAAUCAUACAUUGACAAAUUUAAUGAUGAUUUUCCACUACUAAAACUGAAAGAAUAUGAGAAUAACUUAACAACAGAACAAAAGAAAGAUUUAACACCUCACUUUAGUGAAUAUAAUUUAAAUCCAAAUGAAUAUAUACUACUAAUGAAUAAGACUGAACACAAAGAGAAGGUUAAGUAUAUACAAAAAUCUAUUGGAAAGCUAAACUACUUAAGAACAAGAGGUAGGCUGGAUCUGGAAUUUGCAGUUAGCAAUAUUGCCAGAUUUGCAUUAUAUCCACAUGUUAAAGUAAUUAAAACUGUUGAUAGAUUAAUUAAAUAUACUUAUGUGAAAAGGGAUCUCAAUGUAGUAAUGAAAAGAGAAAAGAAACAGCCUGAUGAGAUCACAGUAAUUACUGAUGCUUCAUUAGGAUCAGAAUAUGAUGUAACAUCAAGAAUUGGGGGUAUAAUAUGGUUUGGAAACACAUUUAUGUUUGGGUUUUCAAACAAACCAUCAAUUGUUUGUGACUCUUCGGCAGAAUGUGAAUUAGAUGCUCUAAACAAAGGUGAAAAACUAGCUCUACAUUUAAAGUUCAAGUUAGAAAAAUUAUUUAAGAAAAAUUUUAAAAUUAAUAUUAUUACGGAUUCUAAACCUGUAAUAGAAUGGCUUAAAAAACCAUAUAUUGUGGGUAGAACAAAGUUCCUUGGAAUCAGAAUUGGUCGUUUAAAAGAAAGACUAAAGGACAAGUCCACCUUUCUAAGAAAAAUUGAUGGAUUGGAGAAUGUAACCGAUCCAUUAAUAAAACCGGUCAGCCCAACUGAUUUCAAGAACCUAAAUAAAAUCAUGGAAGGUAACAUUACUCCACAAAACUUACUACCAUUGACCAACCUUGUGGAGACUGAAGAGGGAGUUCGCAAGAUGUAA